GUGCCCGGUUCAUCCAGCCCAUGAAGCGUGCUUCAGCCACUGGUACUCCUGUUUCAACCACGGAACAAAACCGUAAAGUAAAGUCCAUUCGGGAUUCUUUUAUUUAAUGUACAGGUGUUUUUACUGGUGCAUCGAGUGCAUCAAACCAAGAUUAAAGUUUGGACACAAGGACGCAGCCUGUCACAUACUGAGAUAUAUUGCUGUCGGUCUCUGUUUUCUUUAGGUCAAGCAACAUGGCCCAGGAAAUACAUGACAUGAUGAAGGAUACAGCACUGGUGGCAGACCUAUCAGAGCACGCCAAAGAUGCUGCACUUUUGAACGGUGUACUAAUGAGAACAAAAGAAGCACCCAACUCAUCAGAGGUGGUGAGUUACGCGCCCUUCACCCUCUUCCCCACACCUGUGCCUAAGGCUGUGUUCCUGCAGGCUCUGGAGGUACAAACUCACUACAACCGUCUAGUUGACAAGAUCAGCCAAAGCGCAGACUUUCUAGAGGAGGCACUGUCAAGUACUGUAGAGGUGGAUGAGUUCACAUCAAGACUGUUCAAAAUCCACAAACAGAUACUGAAGGAAGGCCGCUCUCAGUCUGUGGUCCUGGGGCUGAACAGGUCAGACUACAUGCUGGACCAAAAGGAGGAUGGGGCUUCCGCACUCAAACAGAUUGAAAUCAACACAAUUUCGGCCAGUUUUGGAGGGCUGUCUGCAGGCAUUGUCAGUGUACACAAACAUGUUCUAAAAGUGGCUGGGCGUUUGAAGGACAGUAUGGCCAUUCUGGACAACAACCCAGCAGCAGGUCUGGCCCGAGCCAUCGCCAAGGCCAAGGAGCUGUACGGAUCAGACAGAGCAGUGGUGUUGGUCCUGGUGUCUGACACUGAGCGAAAUAUUUAUGACCAAAGAUGUGUUGAGAUGGAACUGAUGAAGCUAAAUAUCUUCACAAUCCGAAGAACAUUUGAAGAUGUGCAUUCACGAGGCUCAUUGGAUCAAGAGAAAAGGCUUCUUAUAGAUGGCAUGGAGGUUGCUGUGGUGUACUACAGAAAUGGAUAUGUCCCUCAGCAGUAUGCGUCUCAACAGGACUGGGACACUCGGCUGAUGUUGGAGCGAUCCCAUGCUAUAAAAUGCCCAGAUAUUGCCACUCAUCUGACUGGCACCAAGAAGAUCCAGCAGGUGUUGGCCCAGCCCGGAGUUCUGGAGCGGUUCUUUCCCAAUGAACCCCAAGUGGUGGAGCAGAUCAGAGCCACCUUUGCGGGUCUCUACACUCUUGACAUGGGUCCAGAAGGAGACAAAACUGUUGCAAUGGCCUUGAAAGAUCCUGAGCGAUAUGUGUUAAAGCCUCAGAGAGAAGGAGGAGGUAACAACAUUUACGGAGACGAGAUCUGCAAGGUGCUUCAGGAGGCAAAGGGAUCAGAGAGGACCAUGUAUAUUCUGAUGGAUAAAAUCAAACCUACACCUUCACAGAACUACCUCCUGAGACGAGAUAGUCCACUCACUGUUAGCAACUGUCUGAGCGAGCUUGGGGUGUUUGGAGCGUACGUCAGACAGGGAACAGAGAUGGUGAUGAAUGAGCAAGUAGGACACCUGCUGAGGACUAAAAGUUCAGUCCAUGCAGAUGGAGGUGUGGCAGCUGGAGUGGCAGUGCUGGACAAUCCCCUGCUUUACUGAAACAUGGCAGCUGAUGUGUAUGAUGAGUCUGUAUAUGGCCCAACAGUGUCUCAGGCCACUGUGCCAAGUUCUGUUUAAUGGUCUCGAUUUGAACACUCUGUGUGAAAUCUUCAUGGUAGUUUGAACUGCUGUCUAUCUGAUACUGUACAUUCCAAUCAUUGACCGCGAGAUAGUUUAUUUCCAAUGGAGGUGCUGCCAUCAUGUGGUCACUAGUCAUAAAACUCACAUUUCAGCUCACAUUUCAAGACAACCUUGGUGAACCCGGUAAGUGCUGUGAAGUACUACAUACUUCUAUACAACGUGUAUGAAUACAAAGUAUAAAACAAAGCUUAAUCAGAUCUAUUUUAAUCAAGUUAUUGUUAUUAUAAAGUUUAUAAAGUGGAAUUUUUAGGUUUGACAAUAAAUUAUUUUGUCUUCUAA